GAAGUCAUGCGGCUCGUCACGCGACAUUCGCCCCUCGGCGUUGGUUUCGGUUGUCGUUUUUACGUCUGAACUCACUGUCACUGAGGGUUGGUGUGAUGGCGGUGGAGGCGUUAACUCCGGACUGGGAAUUCGACCGCUUUGACGACGGGUCUACGAAAAUCCACACUGAAGUGCAGCUCAAGAACUAUGUGAAGUUCUUGGAGGACUACACGUCGCAACUUAAGGGCAUUGAAGAUGCGCUAGAUGAUUCCAUAGGAGAUGUUUGGGACUUCACCCUGGACCCCAUAGCCCUGAAGCUUCUCCCCUAUGAGCAGUCAUCUUUACUAGAGUUGAUCAAAACAGAAAACAAGGUUCUCAACAAAGUUAUAACUGUCUAUGCUGCCCUCUGCAGUGAGGUUAAAAAGCUGAAGUAUGAGGCAGAAACAAAGCUGUACAGUGGUUUGCUGUACUAUGGAGAAGGAGUUCCGGACGCUAGCAUGCUGGAGGGGGAGUCUCAGAUCCAGAUGGGCCGAUUCAUUUCCUUCCUACAGGAGCUGUCCUGCUUCAUCUCUCGCUGCUACGAAGUUGUGGUCAGCGUGGUCCAUCAGCUGGCCUCCCUCUACAACAGCAGCAAGAAUGCUACAAAAAUCAUCGAAUCAUCUGGAGUUCACUUUCAGACCGUGUACGAGCACCUGGGGGAGCUGCUGGUGGUGCUGCUGACGCUGGAUGAGAUCCUGGAGAACCAUGGUGCGCUGAAGGACCACUGGAAAAUGUACAAGAGGUUACUGAAGUCGGUCCACCACAACCCCUCUAAGUUUGAGAUCCAGGAGGAAAAGCUGAAGCCUUUUGAGAAGCUGCUACUGAAGCUGGAGGGACAGCUGCUGGACGGGAUGAUCUUCCAGGCUUGUGUGGAGCAAAGGUUCGAUGACCCUGGGGUGGGUGUGGCCGUCUCCAAGAACAGCGCCUUUGCUGAGGAGUUUGCCCACAACAUACGGACCAUCUUCACCAACGUGGAAUCCAAACUAGGGGAACCGUCUGAGAUCGAUCAGAGGGACAAGUACGCCGGCGUCUGUGGCCUCUUCGUGCUACACUUCCAUAUCUUCCGGACGGUCGACAAAAAGCUGUACAAAGGCCUGCUUGACGCCUGCAAGAAGGUCCCUGCUGUGACGCUGACGGCCAACAUCAUGUGGUUCGCAGACAGCUUCCUGGUGCAGAAGGUCCCCGCUGCGGCCAAAAUGAUCGACAAGAAGAGCCUGCAGAUGGUGUGCUCCCAGAGAGAAGCCUUCCUACAGCAGAGGGUGCAGACACUCCCCAAGGAUGUCCAGUCUUACUACGUGUUUGUCACCUCCUGGAUGAUGAAGAUGGAGUCCAUUUUGUCCAAAGAGCAUAAUGACAAGUUCACAGAGGACCUAAGCGGUCGGUGUAGCGUCUUUGUUCAGGGUAUCCUCUACGCCUACAGCAUCAGCACCAUGAUCAAGACCACCAUGAACCUGUACAUGUCCAUGCAGAAGCCCAUGACCAAGGCUUCUGUAAAGUCUCUCUGCCGUCUGGUGGAGCUGCUGAAGGCGAUCGAGCACACCUUCCACCGGCGCUCUAUGGUCGUGGCGGACUCCGUGACGCAUAUCGCGCAGCAGCUGCAGUCGCAGGCACUGGCCGCCAUUGCAACAGCCAAGAAACGAGUGAUCUCCGAUAAGAAGUACAGCGAACAGCGUCUGGACGUGCUGUCGGCUCUGGUGCUGGCCGAGAACACCCUGAACGGCCCCAGCACCAAAGAGCGUCGCCUGGUGGUGUCGCUGGCUCUCAGUGUGGGCACGCAGAUGAAAACAUUCAAGGAUGAGGAGCUGCUGCCCUUACAGCUGGUGCUGAAGAAGCUGGACCUCAUCAGUGAGAUAAGAGAGAGAGUAAAGAUCCAGUGCGACUGCAGUUUCCUCUACUGGCACCGCGCCGUCUUUCCAAUUUACCUGGACGACGUGUACGACCAUGCGGUGGACGCCGCCCGGAUACACUACAUGUUCAGCGCACUGAGGGACUGCGUGCCCUCCAUGCUGUACGCCAGGCACCUGGACACCUGUGACCAGUUGCUGGAGAACUACGACAAAGAGAUCAUGGAGGUCUUCAAUCAGCACCUGCUGGACAAGCUUUGUAAGGAGAUUGAGAAGGACUUGCGGCUCUCUGUCCACACUCAUCUCAAACUGGACGACCGGAACCCCUUCAAAGUGGGCAUGAAGGACCUGGCCCACUUCUUCUCCCUUAAACCCAUCCGCUUCUUCAACCGCUUCCUUGACAUCAAAGCUUACGUGACCCACUACCUGGAUAAAACCUUCUACAACCUAACCACCGUAGCCUUGCACGACUGGGCCACCUACAGUGAGAUGAGAAGCUUGGCCACCCAGCGCUACGGCCUGAUGAUGACAGAGGCCCACCUACCGAGUCAGACGCUAGAGCAGGGUCUGGAUGUGCUGGAGAUCAUGAGGAACAUCCACGUUUUUGUGUCACGCUACCUGUACAACCUCAACAAUCAGAUCUUUAUCGAGAGGACCAGCAACAACAAGCACCUGAACACCAUCAACAUCCGCCAUAUCGCCAACUCCAUCCGCACGCACGGCACCGGCAUCAUGAACACCACCGUGAAUUUCACCUACCAGUUCCUGCGGAAGAAAUUCUACAUAUUCAGCCAGUUCAUGUACGAUGAGCACAUCAAGUCCAGGCUGAUCAAGGACAUGCGCUUCUUCAGGGAAACCAAGGAUCAGUCUGAUCAGAAGUAUCCCUUCGAGAGGGCUGAGAAGUUCAACAGGGGCAUCAGAAAGCUGGGGAUCACACCUGAUGGCCUGAGCUACCUGGACCAGUUCAGACAGCUGAUCAGUCAGAUAGGCAACGCUAUGGGCUACGUGAGGAUGAUCCGCUCCGGGGGCCUGCACUGCUGCAGCAAUGCCAUCAGGUUUGUUCCCGACUUGGAGGACAUUGUCAACUUCGAGGAGCUGGUGAAAGAGGAAGGCUUGUCCGAGGAGACCCAAAAGGCUGCGAGUGUCCUAGACUCUGUGCUCAGUGAUCUGACCAGUAACUCUGCAGAGGGCACGGAGUACUUCAAAAUGCUGGUUGACGUCUUCGCCCCCGAAUUCCGCAGCGUCAAGAACAUGCACCUGCGCAACUUCUACAUCAUCGUGCCACCCCUGACGGUGAACUUCGUGGAGCACUCCAUUGGCUGCAAGGAGAAGCUGAACAAGAAGAAUAAAGGAGGUGCCGCAUUCACCGACGACGGCUUUGCUAUGGGGGUGGCCUACAUCCUGAAGCUUCUGGAUCAGUACCAGGAGUUUGACUCGCUGCACUGGUUCCAGGCGGUGAGGGAGAAGUACAUGAAGGAGAAGAAUGCUGUGGUCAAGGAGCAGAACGUGCAGGCCACCAGCCAGGACGAGAAGUUGAUGCAGACAAUGAACCUGACACAGAAGAGGCUGGAUAUCUAUCUACAGGAGUUUGAGUUGCUCUACUUUUCCUUGAGCAGUGCCCGGAUUUUCUUUAGGGCUGACAAGACGGCGGCUGAGGAGAUCCAAGAGAAGAAGGACAAAGAGGAGGCCUCCAAAUCAGGGCCUAGCGCAACCUCAGGUGACCCUGACACUUCCUCCAGCCCUUCUGCAAAAUAAGACGUGGCCUGGAACGCACUGGAGUGAGCAGUUCCCCCCAGCAGGGGACAUGUUGCGCCGGUUAAGACCACACUACAUGCAAUCCUUCCCAGGACACUGACUGGUCCCGGAAAGUGGGCUCUCUCUUCCCGCACUGGGAAGUGUGAGGCAGGACUCUGGACACCGUGUGUAGGUUGAUGCGUGCUGGGUAAGAACCUGUACUGCCUGGAACACACCUUUCAGUACUGUGCACUUAUCCUGGAGAGUGAUGGGGUGGGGGGUGGCGGGGGAUUAAAAACAUGGUUCCAGGGCUGUUUGCUCUAAACUGGCUCCACCCAUUCCGCCGAUAGCCGGUCUGUACGUUCUCCGCUUCCCCAAGACGAUGCCCUACUCAGACUUUAUACCGCUUUUAAUAAAACUCCUGUUGUACGUGUAGUUCUGCUCCGGUCAGUUAUUGAAUCGGGCCUUUACUUGAUGAGUGAACACUCCUGGAAGGCUGGGGUUUUAACAGUUUUACUUCUGUGGUUCAGGCAUGUUUAAAGAUCGAUGGAGGCUUCCUUUUUCGAUUCUGGUGUUUGUUUGGUAAGGAUUCUUUAUUGAAAAGUCAGUACACAGUGAUAGGCAGUGUGGGUGCUCCAGAGUCUUGGUGACAAGGACAGGUGCGGUUACACACAAACAAUAGGAACCAUUAUUUCACCAUCUUGUUCUUUUUCUUUGCCAGUGAUGAGGCUCAUUCCCAAACUUAACCGUGCAUUUCAGAGCAUAAACACUAUGCAGGAUGUCCUAUAAUCAGAGGGAAUUUUAUUUUUUAGAUUGGACCACAGACUUUUAUGAAGUUUAGUAUAGUCAUAUUAUGCUGUGUCCCUAAAUGAUAUUAGACGUUAUAAAUACGUCUCUUGUUGGUGAGGCUUUUAUAGAUCCCAGACAUCUUUAAAGAUACAAGUGAGUCCGAAACAACCUCCCACGGGGAAAUCUUUUCUGUCAUUUACACAUUUACUUUUUAACUCCUUCCACUGCCUGCAUCUAUAACUGAAUCAGGCAUUUAAUUUGAUCUUUCAGCAGCUAUAGAGAAGUUUUCUUUUUCACUUUCCCCAUAAGAAUGAACAGACCGGUUUGAUUUGCUGCUCCACACCAUCCCUACACCUAGUGCAGGGAAUCCUACAGUAACAAGUGGCAGAAUAGGUUGUAACCCAAAGCAGCACUUAAAUGCCUCUGUUGCUUAUGUGACACGGAAUCACUGGGCAUUGUACAUGGCUGUUUACAUGUAGGCACUGAUGAUGCUGCUGCCUGAUCUUGUUUGCGUACUAAUUGCCACUUCAUUUCUGUGAAUGCAAUUGAAUGUUUUUUUUGUCCGUUUUUUUUGGGAACAAAACACCUUUUUGUAUUAAACUGUGCUUAAUAAUCAUGUGUAGUAGCAGACACAUUGUGAUAAACAUGGAGAAAAAAAAACUUUUUUAUUAUUCAAA